CAUCCAUGAAAGGCCCCCAGGAGGGGACCAAGACUGAGACAGGGCCCCUGCUCACACACCCCAUCUGGACCCUUCCCUUACAUAGCCUCCCUCCUCUUCCCCCAGUCAGCAUCCUUGUUUGGGGGCCCAAGCCCUGAGUUAAGCUCCACCCGUCUCCUGGCCUCCUAAAGUUUGGGGGUUGCAUGCAAGUCAGAGAUUUUCAAGUAGGGGGUGUAUUGGAGGGAUUUCUGAGGGCUGAUUGUCCUGGAGGAUUGGGGGGAAGGUGGCAGAGUCACAGCUGCCGCCUCCAAGGACGUCGGUGUAGCUCCCUGGGAGACCCUCUGCCCUCUCCCCCUCCUGCCAGCCUGGGCGAGCAGGAACCAAGCUUGCUGAUUAUCACCUGACGCUGUACAGCCACCGAUCCCAUUGGUGGAGCCAGAUUCGGUCUGGUUUGCUCGUUCUUUCUCGCCUUCUCUGCCUCUCUCUCCUCCACGCUGCUUGGAUUUUGCUCUUGCCUCUCUUCUUUCACUCUCACACUCGACUGGGCUGGGAACAUUGUGUCGCUGGGGCAGCAGCCGUUUGUUGCGGAGCCAGAAAGGAGCUGCCUGUGGGGCAUGGAAGCUGCCUCCUUGGCGGCCGGCAGAGGAGCGAGCGUGAGCGGCUGCCUGUGACCCAGGUGUCCGGCCGCUGUCUCCCUGCCUGGGGAGCUCAUCCACGCAGAGGUCCUCCCUUCCCUCCUUGCCAGGUCUUCCUCUGCAGAGCCCGGAAAAGCCAGUUCCCACAGGGGCCGAACCAGAGGGGAGCAUGGAGCUGCUGUCCACCCCCCACAGCAUCGAGAUCAACAACAUCACCUGCGACUCCUUCCGCAUCUCCUGGGCCAUGGAGGACAGCGACCUGGAGAGGGUCACCCAUUACUUCAUUGACCUCAACAAGAAAGAGAACAAGAACUCCAACAAGUUCAAGCACCGGGAUGUCCCCACCAAGCUCGUGGCCAAGGCUGUGCCACUGCCCAUGACAGUGAGGGGCCACUGGUUCUUGAGCCCCCGCACAGAGUACAGCGUGGCUGUGCAGACAGCCGUGAAGCAGAGCGAUGGAGAGUACUUGGUGUCCGGCUGGAGCGAGACGGUGGAGUUCUGCACUGGGGAUUAUGCCAAGGAGCACCUGGCCCAGCUGCAGGAGAAGGCCGAGCAGAUCGCCGGCCGCAUGCUCCGUUUCUCAGUCUUCUACCGCAACCAUCACAAGGAGUACUUCCAGCAUGCCAGGACCCACUGCGGGAACAUGCUACAACCCUACCUGAAGGACAACAGCGGCAGCCAUGGCUCCCCCACCAGCGGCAUGCUCCACGGCGUCUUCUUCAGCUGCAACACUGAGUUCAAUACCGGCCAGCCCCCGCAGGACUCGCCCUAUGGUCGCUGGCGCUUCCAGAUCCCCGCCCAGCGCCUCUUCAAUCCCAGCACCAACCUCUACUUCGCAGACUUCUACUGUAUGUACACGGCCUACCACUAUGCCAUCCUGGUGCUGGCACCCAAGGGCUCCCUGGGGGACCGCUUCUGCCGUGACCGCCUGCCCCUCCUGGACAUUGCCUGCAACAAGUUCCUGACCUGCAGCGUGGAGGACGGGGAGCUGGUCUUCCGCCAUGCCCAGGACCUCAUCCUGGAGAUCAUCUACACCGAACCCGUCGACCUGUCCCUGGGCACCCUGGGGGAGAUCAGUGGGCACCAGCUCAUGAGCCUGUCCACUGCCGAUGCCAAGAAAGACCCCAGCUGCAAGACCUGCAACAUCAGCGUGGGCCGCUAGGGACUCCUGGGGAGCUGGGGAUCAGGGAGAGAUGGCAGGAGGGUGGCUUAGAUUUAGGGAGCUGGCUUUCUCUCCCCUGCGCCCUGCUCCCUUGGCUCCGUCUGUCCACCCCACCCCCACCCCUUGGCAUCGGAAGCAACCGAGGGUGGUCUUCUUGGUAAGCGUGGCCCAGCCCAGGCCCAGUAGACUUGCAAAGGCUUCUCGGCCUCAGGAGGUCCAUGGGUGGGCUGGAUUUCUGGAGAACUCCCCUUUCCUUUCCUUUGCUUUCCUUCUCCUGCUCUUUGCCUUAUCCAAGCCUCCAUCUGCUAGAGCCCUGCCUGCCCCCCAGGCUCUCCUGGGGAAGCCCCUCAGGGCGAAGCCCAAAAUGUAGCUUGGCUGCCUCCAGAGAGAUGCAGAGAGCUGUGGGGCGCCACCUCCUCAGCCCCACCCACCCCACUCAGGGCCACCCCAGAGAGCCCCCUCCCUGCUGAGCUGGGCCUGGGGCUUCCCACUCCAGGCUGGGACUCUCCCCUCUAUAAAUAGCCUCCCGCACCGCUGUCAUGUCCUGGCUGCCCCUUGCCCGUGAGAACCCUCUUCCUGCAUGGGAGAGCUGUCCCUCCCUUCCUCCACCUGUCCACUCCAGAUGUCCCCCUGCUCUCUAGAGAGGGAGCCUCUUUAUUCUCCUGGCUUCAGGGCCCGGGCUGUUGGGCUUUUCCUUUCUUCUGUCUGGAGAUAAUAUAUCCCCCAGCAAAACUUUCCCGGGGCUCACAGAGUGCAGGGGUCUGGAACAGCAGCCACUGGGGUCGAGGAGGGGGAAGGAGACCCCUGAGACCCUGGCCUCAGCCGGACCUCGCUCAAUGGGGCCUAGAGAAGUGGAACUAGAGACCUGAAGGCUACCCGCAGAGCCCUGGCACCCUGCCUGGCUGUGUGCUUUGCUUGCCUGCUCUGCCAUGGUGCCGUGACCACUCUGCUCUGGGUGUGAACUGACUGGGCUCUUGGCCACUCCAGCCCCUUCGCCUGUCCACUGGCUAUUGGCCUUCCCAGCAUUCCCCUAGGGCACACCUGGUGAAGCCCUCUCUGGGCUGUUUUCACCUCUUCCUACUGUUGCACAGGUCAUGAGGCUGGUGAGGGUAAGCCCCCACCCCUUUACCGAGACAAGCAAAGGGGGCUGGGUGGGCGGCCAGCGAGGUGCUGGUGGAAGCAGCAGAGGGUGACCCCACUGUGACUUUCGCAGAAAUGACAGGGAUGACAGACAAGCAGCUAGAUUUGUGUGAUGAGAGACAGAGGGGCUGGCUGGCCAAGGAGGCUGUGCCUGGGUGUGUGGGCAAAAGCUGGGCUGAGCGUGGGGAGGGUGGGAAGGCCUGGGGCCCCAGGGAGGCUUGUGGAGAGAGAGAGAGAGAGGACUUGGGUCCUCAGGCCCUGCCCACCCUGUGUGGAUGGCAUUGCUUGGGGUGGUCCGAUGCCCUUCUCCAGUCCAGCGUCCUCCUGGGCAGGGGUCUCACCCGCCUGUGCUGUGCUUGCGAUGUACAUCAAUAAACCACAUGGCCUGAG